AUCCAUUUUUUUUUGCUCGUGUUAUCUGGACUCGGUUCUGGAGAAACAGAGAGAUCUGAGAAAAGCGAGAGAAACCAAAUGGGUUCCACUUCGCCGGAAUUGAGCUUGGAUUUCAAGCCGUGGCAGGCUCCCAAAACUAUUUGUUGCUUUCUGAGAGAGCUCUCGGCAAUCGAAGAUAUUCCCGAGCGGUUGUCGAAGCUCGACGAGUACAUCAAGAAGCUAGAAGAAGAAAUGAAGAAGAUUGAUGCUUUUAAACGAGAGCUUCCUCUCUGCAUGCUUCUUUUGGACGAUGCUAUCAUAACAUUGAAGGAGCAUGCAAUGCAGUGUACAACAUCUGAUGUUCGACCUGUAAUGGAAGAAUUCAUCCCGCUAAAGAGAAAUUCCGACGAAGAUGGAGCUCCCAAAAAGGAAAAUGAUUGCAGAGACAAGAAAAACUGGAUGAGCACUGCACAGCUCUGGAGCAGCAACGGUUAUUCUAACAAGGAUAACUGUUACGAUAGGAAUAAAAAAUCAACAGUAGACAGAAAAGAGGUGGGUGAAGAUGAUCACUCUGUACCUGAGAAUGCAUUCCAACCAUGUAAAUACAGGAGCAGGGGAGGGGCGUUUAUGCCAUUCAAGGGGUAUUCUUGCUUCCCUGCAACGGUGGUGAAGGAAGAUAAAGAUGUCUUACCAAUAUCUGCGCUUUCGCUCUUAACUCCUGGAAUCAGAACUCAUAGUAUUGAAGCCAGUCCCGGUUAUUUGAAUUCAAAGAGCAUCAUUAGUAGCAGAGUGAUUAAUUCCUCGUCUACCAAACAUCAUACUCAAUCGAAUUUACAAAACACGUUGCAGCAGCAGCAAUCUUCGAGGAAGCAAAGGAGAUGUUGGUCGCCCGAGUUACAUCGUCGUUUCGUCAAUGCCCUGCAACAGCUUGGAGGAUCUCAAGUGGCUACUCCGAAGCAAAUCCGAGAAUUGAUGAAGGUGGAUGGACUCACCAACGACGAAGUGAAAAGCCAUUUGCAAAAAUACAGGCUUCAUACCAGAAGACUUCCGGCUGUUUCACCCCCUGCAAAUCAACCUGUGGUUGUUUUGGGAGGACUGUGGAUGCCCCAAGAUCAGUAUGGGCCUUCCCCCAAGCCGAGCACUUCCCAAUCUGGCUCUCCCCAGGGCCCUCUUCAGCUAGCAGGGGCUGCUGGAGGUCUCUCAACUACAGGUGGUGACAGCAUGGAAGAUGACGAUGAUGGGAGAUCAGAGAGCUACAGUUGGAAAGGCCACCAUCAGAAGUCAGGCGAAGAUGAUGUAUAGGGACAUCCACCAUGAAUUUGGAGAUUAACUACCAUGAAUUGGUAACUAGAUCAUGAACAAGAACAAAUAAUACAGCAUACAGAAUGAAAGACCCUUUGAAAGGAUACAGUGAGUGAGUGAGAGAGAGAGAGAGAGAGAGGCAGGGAGGGAGGGAGGUUAUGAAAUUUUGCAGGUUUCACAAACAGAAAUUUUGAAAUUUUGUUUUAAUUUAGUUUUGGUCGGUAUAAGGAGGUCCAUUGUAAUAUCCAUUCUGCCUGAACAAAACAGGACAAACUUUUUUUCUAGAACAUAAAGAUCACUAUUUUCUGGAAUUUUCAGUUCUUUUUUGUGGAAAUGAGGAAAUCGUUCGGCUGGAAGAAUUCUGGAUGUAUUAUUGCAUUUUAUAGAAAGAAAUAUUCCUUUAUC